ACUGCCUUGAGCGUGACAGUCGUGAAUGAGGCGAUAGGGGGCGCACUCUCUCCCUUGCCGACACGUCACAACAUCCCUUCAAGGGGCUCCCUUGCCUGCCUUGCUGCCAGUGUUCAAAAACAUCAGUGAACCACCUCCGACUCUUCUCCAAGAUCUAAGACACCCUGUGCAAGAGCCAGCCCAAGAACAUAACCAAGCUUCUUCCAUGUUUCACUACGGUUUAAUGGUGGCAAUUGGUCUGAUGGUGAUGAAGUGAUUGACUACGCAGAGGUGCAGGCGAGUGGAAUGUUGCGCUGGUCCGUCCACCUUGAAGGAGGGCCACGGAGAGUCAAUCAUGCUGCUGUGGCCGUGGAGCACAAGGUCUACACCUUUGGGGGUUACUGCUCCGGCGAAGACUAUGAGACGCUCCGUCAGAUCGAUGUGCAUGUUUUCAACACUGUGUCCAUGCGCUGGAUGAACUUGCCCCCGGUGAGGCCAUUGGGACAUGAGCGGGCUCGUGAAGUGCCAUACAUGCGUUAUGGUCACACGGCGGUGCUACUGGAUGAGACCAUCUACUUGUGGGGGGGGCGCAAUGACACCGAAGGGGCCUGCAAUGUGCUGUAUGCAUUCGACGUCAAUACCCACAGAUGGUUCACACCCAAAAUUUCUGGAACCGUUCCAGGGGCAAGAGAUGGCCACUCGGCCUGUGUACUGUUGAAAGCGAUGUAUAUAUUUGGAGGUUACGAACAGCUGGCUGAUUGCUUCUCCAAUGAUAUCCACAAGCUGGACACCACUACCAUGCAUUGGUCUUUAAUUGAUACCAUGGGCAUUCCAGCAAGCUGGCGAGACUUCCACUCGGCAACCAUCAUUGGUACAAAAAUGUUUGUAUUUGGAGGGCGAGGUGACCAUUUUGGUCCAUUCCACUCCCACAAUGAGAUCUACUGCAACCAGAUAGAAGUUUUUGAUACGCAGACCAAUACCUGGCUGAGCAGGCCCGCAACACAGCUCUCACCUGAUGGACGAAGAAGUCACUCAGCUUUUUGCUACAAGGGAGAGCUAUACAUAUUUGGAGGAUACAAUGCCAAUGUGGACCAGCACUUCAAUGAUCUCUGGAAAUUCAGUCCAGAAGCCUUUUUAUGGACAAAAAUAGAACCCAAGGGGAAAGGCCCAUGUCCUCGGAGACGUCAGUGCUGCUGCAUGGUUGGAGAUGGAAUCAUCCUCUUUGGAGGAACCAGUCCCUGUCCUGAGCAAGGAAUGGGUGAUGAAUUUGACCUCAUGGAUCAUUCAGACCUCUACAUCUUAGAUUUCUGUCCUAAUUUGAAAACAUUAUGCAAAAUAGCUGUAAUUCAGUACCGUCUGGAGCAGUCGGGCCUCCCGCAUGAUAUCAGGUGGGAACUGUCUGCUAUGACCACCAACAGCAACAUCAGCAGGCCAAUCGUCUCCCCCCAUGGCUGAAAGUUAGCUGAAUAUAAAACAGAAGCCUAUUUCUUUUCUGCCAUCCACUUGAGCAUGGAUGAACUGUUUUGUCAAACACAGAUCUGUGCUGGAUUUUAUCUCAUUUAUCCAAAAAUGUCCCGCAAAGGACUUGUUUGGACUCAGUGGACUUUCUCAUGCUCAGGAUGUUUCACAAGAGGAAAAGAAAAAUGGGUGAGACCCAUUCACCCGCUCUCUCUCUCCCUCUCUCUUAAUUUUUAUGGGGGUUGUCAUUUGAAAUUCAAUCAGCCUAUGAUAAUCAUAAACUUUGAAGCACAGAAAGAACUAGCAAAAAAAAAAGCUCAUGUUGAGGUCAUCAAACACAACUACGCUUCUUUGAGAGAACACAAUCUCUAGAUGGAGACAAGUAGUUCUUGAGAAUGUACUUUUAUGUCUAUAUAUACCAGGCUUGUCCAUUUGCAGCCAAUGCGUAAAAAAUGUUGAUGAUUGGGUGUCGUACUGGUUUUAAAAACAAAAGACUAUUGAGAUGCUUAACUUUUACUCUUGCUUCAUCACCAACUCACUGCCACCCACUGCCCAACAGUGACUCAACUCUCAUUUACUAGGCAGUUGUGACCACUUCAUCCAUCUCAAUGUCUUAAACAAGACCUUCCCAUGUCAAUACAUAACAUUUCUGUGGCUGUGCUGUUACUCACCUGCUAAACGACCCCCGCUUCGCUGUGCCAAAUGUAAGAAAUUAAUCACAGUAUAAUUGCAUAGUGUGACAUUUACACUUGUUGAAUAUGCAUCUCCAAACUUUUUUAGACAAUCCAUGUGGUGUUAGACACUUUUCUCAUUACUUGCUUGUUGACUCCAGAGGGAGCGUGCACGUUUCCAUGCUCACAAGUGAGGUGAUACAACUGCAUAAGGGCUGCCUUAAAGUUUUCCUCUCUAGAACGCUCAUCCAGAUUCAUUUAAUUGUAAGUAUAUAUCAUAAAACGUGUGUAAUUUAUUGCACAUCACUUGGAAUCACUAAACAGCUAUUCAUUUGCAUUCUUUUUUGAUGCUUGACUGUUAAAAGUCUAGCUGAAUUUUACACCAGAUAUACAGGACAAAUACUUUGGGCUGUCACUCAGCUUGUUUCAUAAUUAAGCUCUUUCACAGAAUUCAUUUUGACAUUGUAAACCAUUAAAUAGUACAACAGAUGCAUUUAAUAUUAUUGAGGGAAUACUACAAUUCCUAUUUCCAUUAAAAAGGUUACAUGUACAUGUUAUGUUACAGUAUAGGGUGCUUAUCCAUCCAUCCAUCCAUCCAUCCAUCCAUCCAUCCAUCCAUCCAUCCAUCCAUCCAUCCAUCCAUUUUCUGAACCGCUUAUCCUCACUAUUAUUAUUAUUAUCAUCAUUAUAAUUCAUCCAUACAUUAUCUGAACCGCUAACCAUCAUGAGUGUCACUGAUGCGGUGGAGCCAAUCCCAGCUGACUUCAGACAGAUUAUUAUUAUUAUUAUUAUUGUCAUUACUACUAUUAGGGUAUUAACUAUUGUACUGUUGGCUCCACCCAGCCCCCAGAAUUACGAUUGCAGAAUUAGUAGUCUGCUCGCUAGGACAUAUUGGAGACACAACUCUUUUCAUGCGUGAUUGUCAUUGCUAAAAUGUUUGUACAGUAGCUGUAUGCAUAACCAAGGGUCUGUUCCUCUACUGUCAUUUUUUUAACGUAAUUCAAAAAAGACUAAAAAUACAUUUAUUGAAGACUGUUUUCAGUCAAGUCUAUAUUUACAGCCUCAACUCACUGUGCUACCUUUGUAUGGAGGGUAAGAAGUGCUAAGAGGUUCUUGUGACACAAGCAAUAGGAGCUUGGUACUGUUGCGGAAGAAAUUAUGGUUAAAAUAAACCCAGCAGCAGUACCCUGGGCUCUCGCAGUGCAUCGGCCUGCGUCAUAAAUGUUUACAAAUCAGUUUACAUUAAAUCACAGGUUUAAGACAGCAGAUUAGGGCAUUAAAGCAUAUCAGGACAGUCAGAGGAGACAAAAUGCUGAUCUACAAUCUAAUAGAGACCACAAAGCAAAGAUGCAUCUUUCUCACUCACGCACAUUUACGUACUCACUUAGACACCGUAACACACAAUACUGCUCACUAAAUUAGUCAGUGCACACCAGCUCCUAAAAACAAGUCAAACACUGAAUGGCCAUCAGGAAUUUGCUAUUAUUUCUAAUUCUAUUGUAUGGUGAUGGUGUUUUUCCUUUUUUGGUGUAUUAAUAUGGGUGAUGGAACACUUCAGGGACAAAAACACAUUGAUUCAAGGACACUGUUGGGCAACUCAUUUUACUCUGAUAAUGAUGCAUACACCUUCACUAAGGAUGCGAUUGAUGGGUGCGUUUGCUUAAAUAUUUUGACCUCAUGGUUUUAAUGGCUGUGAUUUACCCCACCCUUUAAGAUACAAUUUAAAAAAAAUGUUGGAGGGGUGUGCCUUGGUUUCCAAAAUGGGUAACGCUGUCGGACUGUCGUACCAGCGACUGUAUUGUGCACAGUGAGAUGGCAUAGGAGUAUAUUGUAUCCAUUUGUUGUUAUUAACAAAUUGUGUACGGUAAAGGGACAAAGUAUAGAGUGUAUUCAACAUUUAACUAUCCAUAUAUACCUCACCUUUCACCUCGCUCACCUUUUUCCUUUUAUUGUUUACUGUUUUCAGGACGAUUGUAAAAGUUGGUCAGGACUUCCUCUGCAAUAUAUGAACGAAAUCAGUAAUAAAUCUAAGACAGUUUGA